CUCUCAACAUUUCAGUAAUUCCUCUUUCGAGACCAAAGCUCUUUUUGUGUGCGUGUGUGUCAAGCGUAUGCCCCGGGAUUGUCCUUCUCCGCUUCCCUUUCUCGGUGUUCCUUCUUGCUUUAGGGACCGGAAGAGUCCUUGAACCAAAAUAGCUCGGUGGGCACUUCCGGGGCCGGAGCCCAGGGUUCCCGGAGGGUGCAAGCAGGAGAGGGAAAGGCAGCGGCGGCGGCAGCUGGAGAAUGAAGAAGGAGCAUGUGCUGCACUGCCAGUUCUCCGCGUGGUACCCGCUCUUCCGAGGCGUUACCAUCAAGAGUGUCAUUCUUCCACUUCCUCAGAAUGUGAAGGAUUAUUUACUCGAUGAUGGAACUCUGGUGGUUUCAGGAAGGGACGAUCCACCAACACAUUCUCAGCCAGACAGUGAUGAUGAAGCAGAAGAAAUACAGUGGUCUGAUGAUGAGAACACAGCCACGCUUACGGCACCAGAAUUUCCUGAGUUUGCCACUCAAGUCCAGGAAGCUAUCAAUUCCCUCGGGGGCAGUGUCUUUCCUAAGCUUAACUGGAGUGCCCCAAGGGAUGCGUAUUGGAUAGCAAUGAAUAGUUCUCUGAAAUGUAAAACCCUCAGCGACAUCUUUCUACUUUUCAAGAGUUCUGAUUUCAUCACUCGUGACUUCACUCAGCCGUUUAUUCAUUGUACUGAUGAUUCUCCAGAUCCAUGUAUAGAAUAUGAGCUUGUUCUCCGAAAAUGGUGUGAAUUGAUUCCUGGCGCUGAGUUUCGAUGUUUUGUCAAGGAAAACAAGCUUAUUGGUAUUUCUCAAAGAGACUACACACAAUACUAUGAUCAUAUUUCUAAACAAAAGGAAGAAAUUUGCAGAUGUAUACAAGACUUUUUCAAGAAACACAUACAGUACAAAUUCUUAGAUGAAGACUUUGUGUUCGAUAUAUACAGAGACAGUAGGGGGAAGGUGUGGCUCAUUGAUUUUAAUCCAUUUGGCGAAGUCACAGAUUCACUGCUGUUCACCUGGGAAGAACUGAUAUCUGAGAACAACUUAAACGGCGAUUUUAGUGAAGUAGAUGCUCAAGAGCAGGAUUCCCCAGCUUUCCGUUGCACCAACAGUGAAGUGACAGUCCAGCCCAGCCCCUAUUUGAGUUACCGGCUGCCCAAGGACUUUGUAGACCUGUCUACAGGGGAGGACGCUCACAAGCUAAUAGACUUCCUUAAGCUGAAGAGAAAUCAGCAAGAGGACGACUGAUGAGUGUGCUGGAGCUGGAGAAGAGGAGGCCCCGCCCCGCCGCUCGGGAGCUGCUCAUCAGCCGCAGCUUCCUGCCAACCCUGAUGCGGGCGGGCCAGGCAGUGUGGACAUC